GGCUAGAGUGGGAGAAGGGACAACAGUGGCCUCAAAGGUAGAAGGUGAGGCUGUAGCUGAAGCAGCAGGGAGGGCCAUAGCACGGCCAGUAGGGGCGGCAGGGGCCGCAGCAAACGCGGGGAAACACACAGCAGGGCCGGCAGAGACUGCAAAAGGGGCUAGCAGUAAAGCGGCAGCAGGCGGGGUGGGCUCGGAGGACAUAGGGGCAACAGGGGAAGGAGAGGUGAGUGUGGUCCCGACCGGGGUGGGCACUGAAGAGGGGGAUGUGAUAGCGAUAGAGGAGGAUGAGGGAGAGGAUGUGAUGCACAUUGACGGGCCCUGGCCCAAUACCUCACGCCUGACGGUCCCGGUAGUAUCCAGGGGGGCAGCCAAGGCCCUGGCCUUCUUGGCGGAGCCGUGCUCCCCGACCCCCACGUUGCUCCAUGGCCAGCCCCCCUCUCCGUCCCAACCCCUGACCCCACGGUUGCAGGCGGUCCACCGGGAGAGCACGCGGGGGCUCCUUAGAGCACCACGUGGAGCAGCCAGGGCUCUGGCCUUCCUAGAGGAGCCAUGCUCCCCGACUCCUACCAACACCCAGCCACCCCCUACCGGCCACCUACCCCCCCUCCACCAGGCCCCCCCCACCCGGCGCGACAACCAGGUUGGCCGCCGGCGGAAGAACAGGGGCAGAGGAGGCAGAGGUUCAGCCCACCCCGACCACCAAACCCUACACUCCCGCCCCGCUCCUGCACCUCCACAGGGCCAUGGGAGCGGACCAGCCCACUCACCCCCAUUCUGCCCCUCUCGUGCUGUGUCCCCCUCCCAGGUGGCGGCGGCCCGCGAUCGCUACUGGGAUGGAGGCCGUCGGGUUGAGGGAUGCGCCCAUGGAAGACUGCCACCGACUCCCCCUCCCAUCCCUCCCACCCCUUCCACUGUCGACGACCCCCUACCGCAACCCAUGGUGAUUGGGGAGGGCCAAGGGGGCCUUCUAGGGCAGGGUCCACACCUGAGCUCCGCCUCAGCCAGCAAGCCCCACCCCACCCUCUACCCUGCCAGCCCUCCUACUCUCACCUACAGGCAGGCAGGUCUUCGAGACCCCAGAGGAGCCAGGCGCGUCACUCCCGACCCCAAUGGAGACGGACCAGGUUCUGAGGCCGUGUCACGCGCACCUAGAUGGGUGGCGCCUCCCCCCGUUCAGCCCGUGGCGCAGGAGGUCACCAGCAGUAGGGAUGAGGCAUCCGCCCCUACCGAGACCCCCUCCGCCUGGGGCGAUCCUCUCGGAGCUCAGGCCGCCCACGGGGUCCCCUCUACAGCCAGUUCCGACGCCACGGCCCCGAUUGACCCCGCCGACACGGCGACAUCACCCGACCAGGUCGACCCGGAGGCUGCUGGCCCUACCUUCCUCCUCGCUGCAGCGCCGACUCUUUUCCUUGUUCCAGCGACGCCACCCGACCGCUCGCACACGGCUGCCAUUGCAACGCGCAUCUCCCGCUUUGGUCGAGGUCACCGGUCACGCACCGCCACCGAUCCCUCUACAGCAGAUGAGCGCCGCAUUGCACGUUGCCUUCGUCUGGCAGCGUGCAAUGAGACCUCACGGGCGUGCGCGGCUCUCGAGUCCGCGGAGGCAGCCCCAGAUACACAGGGGACGAUACAGCGCCUGCAGUCGAAGCACCCCAACGCGGAGAGGCCGACCCCAGCUUGGCAGUCUGGCUUCCAGGGGUCCCCUCUCGUGCUCUCGGUGGAUCACUUACGCCAGCGCGAUUUUCACAGCUCCGCGGGGCUCUUCGGGAGGACCGUCCGGUCAGGCACGGGAGUGGUCACGAUGCACUCGGAGCGGGGCACUCGCCAGGGAGACCCUCUCAGCCCCUUCUUGUACGCUCUGACACAGCGUCUUGCUUUGGAGCCGGUUCUGGUGGAGGGGGAUGUCCAGCUCUGGUCGUACGCCGAUGACACGUACGUGCUAGGUCCCCCAGACAGGGUGCUGCACCACUUUGCCGAGAUCGUGAGGCGCUUGGGCGAGAUGGGCCUUGCAGCCCAGCCGCACAAGUGCCUCGUCUACCAGACAGAGUCCUUUCUGUCCAGGGAUCUGGAGGCCUUCACGGGCCUAGGGAUCGAGGUCGCACGCCGAGGGCUCACCGUGACAGGCGUACCAGUAGGCACCGUUUCGUUCGUGGAGCAGAGUCUCCCGGAUCGUCUCGAGAGGAUGGGGCGGGUGCUACCUUGGCUUCCGAGCUUCGCUUCAGGAGCGAGCCGUCUUCUGGAGGCGCAGGCCUUGGAGGCCGUGCGUGCCCGUCACGCCUCUCCCUUGCACCUUGCCCGUUUGACUUCCCUUCAGGGCGGAGGUGCAGGGGCGUGGUUGACGUCGGUGCCGUACGCUGACCCACUGCGGCAUCCCGGAGGCGCUGUGGCAGGCGGCUUCAUCUUCUCGUCUCGGUCUCCCUAUCCCCCAGUUAGCCCUUGCAGGUGGGCAGGAGGGGACGGCAGGGGGAGCAGACGGGCCAGGACGGGGAGGGGAGACAGCACAGGCAGCAGCAGGAAGAGCCAGUGGAGGCCGCGGGCCCAGGGCGCCGCGCCUCCAGGUUCGGCCUCGGAGGUGGGGCAGGGGCGGGAGCAGCAGAGAGCGGACGGAGGUACAGGAGGGGCAGCGGGAUUGGGAGGGGAGGGCCAGGGAGUGAGAGAGGCAGCAGGGGAUGGAGCAGGGGGGUCGGGAGGGUUGGGGGAGGGUAGAGAGGGGGAGGGGAGAGGACAGGUGGAUGGAGGAGAGGAGAGGGGGAGAGAGACGAUCGGAGAGGAGGCACCAAGGGACCAGACAGGGCAGCAGCCAGCGCAACAGCAGGGACCAGUCGGACAGCACAGGCCGUUCACACCCCCUGCCCCCUCAUGCCAUCCGCUCCCCCCCGCCCCUACCCUCCGCGUGCCCGCUCCCUUGCCGCCUCUUUUGACCCUCCCUGCCCCCCCUCGCCGUUUCCCACCGCCCGCCAUUCGCUCCUCCCCGCCCGUGCGCUCCCCUCCUUUACCUUCUCCUCCCCCCUCCCCUCCUCUGCUGCACGCCUCUUCCUUCCCCUCGCCGACCCACUCCACUCCCUGCCCCUCCUCAAUCCGCACCCUGCCCCUCGUAUCUCGCCCCCCUAUGCUUGGUUUCUCCCCUCCCUGCCCCUUCGCCGCCUUUCCCCGCUCCCCACCUCCCCCCUCUCCCUGCCCCCCCCACUCUCCCCCCCCUUGUCCUUGGCUUCCUACCUCCCUGCCUCACCUUUCCCCCCUCCGUGUGCUCAGCUUCUCCCCUCCCUGCCCCUCCCUCCUCCCCGCCCUGCCCCUCAUUUUCCGCCCCCCCCCACGCCCGGUUUCUCCCCUCCCCGCGCCUCCCUUUCUUUCUCCGUGCCUCUCCUUUGCUCCCUCCCUGCCCCCGCCUGCCCAUGCCCCUGUCUUUGGCUUCUCCCCUCCCUGCCCCACGUUUCUUCCCUCCCUGCCCCCCGUCUGCCCCUCCCUUGUUUUCCCCUCACCCAUUGCUUCUCUCCUCCCUGCCCUUGAUUUCCCACACCCCUGCCCUCGUUUCCUAUCAUCCAUGCCCCUCGUUUCCCCCCUUUGUACGUUCAGCCUCUUCCCUCCCUGCCCCUCCCUUCCUCCCCCCCUGCCCUUUGCUCUCCCCUCGUUACGCUCCCUUCUCCCCAUCCCUGCUGCCCUCUUACCACCAUCAGCCCAUCCCCACGACCAGCCCCCCUCCCACCCUUCAAUCCCCCCUCCUCUCUCCCUCUCUCUCUCUCUCUCUCUCUCUCUCUCUCUCUCUCCCCUCUCUUUCUCAGCACACACACACACACGCACACUCCCCUCCCCCACCCCCCCCAUACAUCCUCCCAUUCUGCCCCUCCCUGCCCCUUUCCCACCCCCUCGCACGCCCCUCACCUCCCACCUCCGUGCAACUGCCCCUGCCCGUUGCUGCCCCUCCCCUUGCCCCCUCAACUCCCCUGCCCCCCGUACACCCCAAGUCCCAUCCAACCGCCCCCACCCUCCCCCGGCUGCCCGUUUCCGCUCUCCACCCCCCGCGACCGUGUGCGGCUUCCAACCGCCCAACGGUGGUGCGCACGGGGCGUUUCUUCGCACGGGCAAGCCUCCCCGGGGGCCCCCCCACCCCGCUGGGGUCGUUCAUUACCGCCCCUCUCCCCUUAUCCCCCACCACGCCCCCAAGCAGGCCUUUCUCCCCCCAGCCCCCCGUCUCCCUGCCCUUAGUACCGCCGCGCUCUGCCCGCGCGUCACCCUCGCCCACUUCAUACCACCUCCCCCUUCUCCCCCCCCCGGCUUCCCCCUAUCAUCACCCGCAUGUUCCCCCACUCCCCUGUCCACAACGUCCCUCCUCCACCCCCCCUCCUGCCUUCCCCACUCCCACUCUGUCCCCCACACCUCUACGAGCCGUACCUCCCCCUCCAGCCUCCCUUUUCCCCCCCAGCUAUUUCCGCAUCCAGCGUGGGCUGCACCUCUGCAUCCUGCCCUGCCAGGCCCUCCGAGGACCCAACUGCCGCCACCUGACACCACGCCGCCUUUCCCACCCCCAUCCAAUCUCUACACCCCUGCCCCUGCUCCCUGCGCAAUCCAGCCACCUACCCCAGCCUCCCUCUACCUCUCCCUAACUCCACGCUGCCGUUCCUACCCCCAGCCAGGGUCUACACCCUUGCUUUUGCUCCCUGUGCUGUGCCGUCCCCACCUCCGUCCGCCUUUCCGCGGCACCAGACCGCCUCUCCCUCCCCCAGCCAACCUCUGCACCCCCUGUUCCUGCCCCUUGUGCCUUCCAACACCCUACCCCAACCCCCCCCAGUCUCCCCCUUCUCCAACACCCUCCAUAUUUCCUCCCCCCUGGGGCUCGCCCAUCCGCAGCGCCUCCUUUCGGUGCCCUCUCGGCCCUCCCACGUUCUCACCCCCCGCCCUCCAACCUUCUCAUUACCCGCUACCAGGCUCACGCCAACCCGACUACCCACUACCCUUUGCCCCUUCCUCUCUGUUCCCCACCCUUCCUCCCCACUUGGCUCCACCUGCCCACCCCCACCUCCCGUGGAAUUCUGCCCUGCCCUCCCCACCUCUGGCCCACCACCUGUCCCCACACCCUGCUCACCCACCACUACAUCACCCCCGCCCCCCCACCUCCACUACAGCCCGCCAACACUUCCCCUCUCAACCGGCCCCCAGCCCGCCCCCCCCUUGGGCCCCAAUCCCCUCCAACUCAACUCACGCCGCCACCGCCAGGCAUGCUGCCUCUGUAACAAUGCCCAGCACCCCGCGAGUGGGGAAAAGGCAGACCCGGGAGCCCCUCGGCGAUCUAGGAGGUCCCGCAGCCGAAGCCACCCCCUACUCUCCCACUCCCCCCACUUCAACAGAGCAGCAGAGGCUGCAGAGGAUGGGGCAGCAAAGGCUGCACGGGAAGGGGCAAUGGGGGGUUGUGGGGGAAGGGGCAGCAGAGGUUGCAGAGGAAAGGGCAGCAGAGGCUGCAAGGGAAGGGGCAGCAGCGGCUGCACGGGAAAGGGCGGCAGAGGCUGCACGGGAAGGGGCGGCAGGGACCGUGACUCUGGCCAGGCAAAGGGCAGAGGCCAUGGAGACAGGUUUUGCAGGAGUAGGGGCCACGGAACCUGCAGCUCAAGAGAGGGUACGGCAGGGGCUAGAGUGGGAGAAGGGAUCAGCAGUGGCCUCAAAGGCAGAAGGUGAGGCUGCAGCUGAAGCAGCAGGGAGGGCCAUAGCACGGCCAGUAGGGGCGGCAGGGGCCGCAGCAAACGCGGGGAAACACACAACAGGGCCGGCAGAGACCGCAAAAGGGGCUAGCAGUAAAGCGGCAGCAGGCGGGGUGGGCUCGGGGGACAUAGGGGCAACAGGGGAAGGAGAGGUGAGUGUGGUCCCGACCGGGGUGGGCACGGAAGAGGGGGAUGUGAUAGCGAUAGAGGAGGAUGAGGGAGAGGAUGUGAUGCACAUUGACGGGCCACUGGCCCAAUACCUCACGCCUGACGGUGAGGCCGACCCGGCCCCCGUGCAGCCUCACGUCGAGGUUCCCCCUCUACCCCCCAUGCCCGUCCACAUGCUAGCAGAAGGACCGAUGGAGGGGCUGGGGGAGACCUUGAGGACAGAGCCGCACGAGGGAGCCCCCAUCCUCACCUCCCGUCCUCCAGCCCACCCACCCCCAGGAGCACCAUUUCCCCACCCCCACCCUCAGGUCCCGGUAGUAUCCAGGGGGGCAGCCAAGGCCCUGGCCUUCUUGGCGGAGCCGUGCUCCCCGACCCCCACGUUGCUCCAUGGCCAGCCCCCCUCUCCGUCCCCAACCCCUGACCCACGGUUGCAGGCGGUCCACCGGGAGAGCACGCGGCCCCUCGACCCCCACCUUCAACCCCCCCUCCCGGCCGGGUUCCCCACGAGUGGCCCCGUUGGGCAGCCAUCACCCCCCACACACAGCCUGCCGAUCUGUCCCCACGGAGGGGGAUGUCUCGAGGAGAGAGGGGAUGCACACAGAGCACCCCCCGCCCGGCGAACCACCCAUCCUCCCUCCAACCACCCCUUUGGCCCCACAGCCCCCCCUUCCUUCACAAACAGGCGCGGACAACCGGGUUGGCCGCCGGCGGAAGAACAGGGGCAGAGGAGGCAGAGGGUCAGCCCACCCCGACCACCAAACCCACACUCCCGCCCCGCUCCUACACCUCCACAGGGCCAUGGGAGCGGACCAGCCCACUCUCCCCCAUUCUGCCCCUCCCUUGCUGUGUCCCCCUCCCAGGUGGCGGCGGCCGCGAUCGCUACGGGGAUGGAGGCCGUCGGGUUGAGGGAUGCGCCCAUGGAAGACGCCACCGACUCCCCCUCCCAUCCCUCCCACCCCUUCCAUGUCGACGACCCCCCUACCGCAACCCAUGGUGAUUGGGGAGGGCCAAGGGGGCCUUCUAGGGCAGGGUCCACACCCGAGCUCCGCUCAGCCAGCAAGCCCCACUCCACCCUCUACCCUGCCAGCCCUCCUACUCUCACCUACAGGCAGGCAGGUCUUCGAGACCCCAGAGGAGGUGAGGGCUGGCAUUUCAGAUUUGCUGGCGAUACACCGCCCGAGCAGCUCUCCGGCUGCCCCCACCCUCCCAGUCCCACAGGACCGGACCCGGACGUAUGCGGAGGUCACCCGGUCUGUCCCUUCUUUUAUCCCCCCCUGCCACUCAGCCAGGCGCGUCACUCCCGACCCCAAUGGAGGACGGACCAGGUUCAGAGGCCGUGUCACGCGCACCUAGAUGGGGUGGCGCCUCCCCCCGUUCAGCCCGUGGCGCAGGAGGUCACCAGCAGUAGGGAUGAGGCAUCCGCCCCUACCGAGACCCCUCCGCCUGGGGUAGCAGAGCCGUCACUUGAACCGCACCUCGCCGAGGGGCAGGAGCACACCACGGCACACACUUCAGGCUCACCCCCACGUCCCCCCUCCCCAGCUUCGACACCGGUUCCGGCACGAGGCCCGGCCCUAUCCUGUGCGACACCACCUCUAUCUUCGCUGACACCCCCCAUGCACGGGGUUGGUGAGUCGUCGCCUCCCCUCAUCCCAGGCGAUCCUCUCGGAGCUCAGGCCGCCCACGGGGUCCCCUCUACAGCCAGUUCCGACGCCACGGCCCCGAUUGACCCCGCCGACACGGCGACAUCACCCGACCAGGUCGUGAGUUGCCCCACCUGCAGGAGCUCUCUCGCGAACCGACGCGCGCUCCAGCACCACUUUCCCUUCUGCCAUCCUGCGGACGCGGCUCGCAGGGCGCAGGCUGCCCAUGACACCGCCUCGAUCAUCCCUUCCCUCUCACAGCCCCGUGCGACCGGGAUACAGUUCACCGACGCACAGUGGCAGACGCUCGACUCGGUGGACAAGACAGAGUACUUCUCGCCCGAGCGUAUCCAUGCACGCCCUCUCCGACGUGUCCCGGAGAGGGUCCGCGGAGGAUAUCUCGACGUCCUCAGUGCGAUCCUAGUCCGCAUUGCCCAGGACCCGGAGGCUGCUGGCCCUACCUUCCUCCUCGCCGCAGCGCCGACUCUUUUCCUUAUGGCGAGGGUCUUCUUGGCGUCACAGCAGUUUGGGGUGGGGGUUACGUGCGGGACAGAGGUCGUAGUUAGAGGCGUCCGCCGCGCUCUGGCUGACCACCCAGACUGGGUGGUCCUGCAGCUAGACGUGGCGAACGCCUUUAACUCUUUCCACCGAGACAGGAUGUUCCAGGCGCUGCAGGCCAGCCCGGAGUUCCAGUGCCUGAUCCCCUUCAUCGGCCUCUUCUACGGGACGCCCUCGGAUCUCCACUACAGGUCAGGCACGGGAGUGGUCACGAUGCACUCGGAGCGGGGCACUCGCCAGGGAGACCCUCUCAGCCCCUUCUUGUACGCUCUGACACAGCGUCUUGCUUUGGAGCCGGUUCUGGUGGAGGGGGAUGUCCAGCUCUGGUCGUACGCCGAUGACACGUACGUGCUAGGUCCCCCAGACAGGGUGCUGCACCACUUUGCCGAGAUCGUGAGGCGCUUGGGCGAGAUGGGCCUUGCAGCCCAGCCGCACAAGUGCCUCGUCUACCAGACAGAGUCCUUUCUGUCCAGGGAUCUGGAGGCCUUCACGGGCCUAGGGAUCGAGGUCGCACGCCGAGGGCUCACCGUGACAGGCGUACCGGUAGGCACCGUUUCGUUCGUGGAGCAGAGUCUCCCCGGAUCGUCUCGAGAGGAUGGGGCGGGUGCUACCUUGGCUUCCGAGGCGUUUCGGCAGAGCUUCGCUUCAGGUGAGCCAGGGCAGAUCGACCGGGCUCUGCAGACGGCGCUAGAGGGUCUCCCACCUGACGUUCUCUCUCUCCUUCCCCCCUGGCCCUCUUGCGCUUCUGCCUCCCCCGAUUCCCUUUUUGCAGGAGCGAGCCGUCUUCUGGAGGCGCAUGCCUUGGAGGCCGUGCGUGCCCGUCACGCCUCUCCCUUGCACCUUGCCCGUUUGACUUCCCUUCAGGGCGCAGGUGCAGGGGCGUGGUUGACGUCGGUGCCGUACGCUGACCCACUGCGCAUCCCGGAGGCGCUGUGGCAGGCGGCUUCAUCUUCUCGUCUUGGUCUCCCUAUCCCCCAGUUAGCCCUUGCAGGUCAGUGCUCCUGCGGACAGGCGAUUGACGACAUGACGGUGCCUCAUCACGCGGUUCGGUGCCCGCGCUACGGGGUCGCCACUACCAUCCACGACACGGUGAAGUACAUGCUUCGAGACUUUGCGGUCGAGGCGGGCUUCGCAGUAAAGCCAGUGGUGGGAGAGGGGACGCGGGCUGAGGGACCGGGGGAGCAGAGAGGCGAGGCGGGAUCGCCGGGUGGCGGGGGACAGUGGGGACAGCACCAGCUGCGGGGUCAGGUGGAGCGAGGGAUAGGGGGGCAGAGGGGUCCGCAGGGGGAGCAGACGGGCCAGGACGGAGAGGGGAGACGGCACAGGCAGCAGCAGGAGAGCCAGGGGAGGCCGCGGGCCCAGGGCGCCGCGCCUCCAGGUUCGGCCUCGGGGGUGGGGCAGGGGCGGGAGCAGCAGAGAGCGGACGGAGGUACAGGAGGGGCAGCGGGAUUGGGAGGGGAGGGCCAGGGAGUGAGAGAGGCAGCAGGGGAUGGAGCAGGGGGGUCGGGAGGGUUGGGGGAGGGUAGAGAGGGGGAGGGGAGAGGACAGGUGGAUGGAGGAGAGGAGAGGGGGAGAGAGACGAUUGGAGAGGAGGCACCAAGGGACCAGACAAGGCAGCAGCCAGCGCAACAGCAGGGACCAGUCGGACGCACAGGCCGUCGCGAGGGGAACGUGCAGCUGAGACGGGCGACCCCCACACAGAUUGGAGUGGCAGCAGCUAGACGGGUGCAGGAGAAGCUGAGGCACUGGGGGCCGCACUUAGAGGGGCUGCAGCCGGCACCACAACUUUUACGCAGGAUAGCACAGCGGAGGAGGGAUAGAGGUGGGGGGGAUGACGGAUCGGCACGGAUAUUUGAGGCAGGACUCACUACACGCCUCUCCGUUGCACUGCAGCGCGCGCAGGCUCAAUGCAUGAUCCAGCAUGCGGUGCGGCAGUUAGGGGGAUCCGACGACGGGUGGAUGCCUGCACCAGUCCCACUGGUCACACCCCCUGCCCCCUCAUGCCAUCCGCUCCCCCCCCGCCCCUACCCUCCGCGUGCCCGCUCCCUUGCCGCCUCUUUUGACCCUCCCUGCCCCCCCUCGCCGUUUCCCACCGCCCGCCAUUCGCUCCUCCCCGCCCGUUGCGCUCCCCUCCUUUACCUUCUCCUCCCCCCCUCCCCUCCUCUGCUGCACGCCUCUUCCUUCCCCUCGCCGACCCACUCCACUCCCUGCCCCUCCUCAAUCCGCACCCUGCCCCUCGUAUCUCGCCCCCCCUAUGCUUGGUUUCUCCCCUCCCUGCCCCUCGCCGCCUUUCCCCGCUCCCCACCUCCCCCCUCUCCCUGCCCCCCCACUCUCCCCCCCCUUGUCCUUGGCUUCCUACCUCCCUGCCUCACCUUUCCCCCCUCCGUGUGCUCAGCUUCUCCCCUCCCUGCCCCUCCCUCCUCCCCGCCCUGCCCCUCAUUUUCCGCCCCCCCCCACGCCCGGUUUUCUCCCCUCCCCGCGCCUCCCUUUCUUUCUCCGUGCCUCUCCUUUGCUCCCUCCCUGCCCCCGCCUGCCCAUGCCCCUGUCUUUGGCUUCUCCCCUCCCUGCCCCACGUUUCUUCCCUCCCUGCCCCCCGUCUGCCCCUCCCUUGUUUUCCCCUCACCCAUUGCUUCUCUCCUCCCUGCCCUUGAUUUCCCACACCCCUGCCCUCGUUUCCUAUCAUCCAUGCCCCUCGUUUCCCCCCUUUGUACGUUCAGCCUCUUCCCUCCCUGCCCCUCCCUUCCUCCCCCCCUGCCCUUUGCUCUCCCCUCGUUACGCUCCCUUCUCCCCAUCCCUGCUGCCCUCUUACCACCAUCAGCCCAUCCCCACGACCAGCCCCCCUCCCACCCUUCAAUCCCCCCCUCCCUCUCUCUCUCUCUCUCUCUCUCUCUCUCUCUCUCUCUCUCUCUUUCUCACACACACACACACGCACACUCCCCUCCCCCACCCCCCCACGUACAUCCUCCCAUUCUGCCCCUCCCUGCCCCUUUCCCACCCCCUCGCACGCCCCUCACCUCCCACCUCCGUGCAACUGGUUUCCGCCCUAUCCUUCCGUCACUGCAUCGCUCGCCCCUCUGCUCACCCUCUGCCCGCCCCUUUUCCGUGCCCUCAGUUGGCCCAGCCCCUGCCCGUUGCUGCCCCUCCCCUUGCCCCCUCAACUCCCCUGCCCCCCGUACACCCCAAGUCCCAUCCAACCGCCCCCACCCUCCCCCGGCUGCCCGUUUCCGCUCUCCACCCCCGCGACCGUGUGCGGCUUCCAACCGCCCAACGGUGGUGCGCACGGGGCGUUUUCUUCGCAUGGGCAAGCCUCCCCGGGGGCCCCCCACCCCGCUGGGUCGUU